AUGUCACUUCCCACGAAAGCAGCCACUUCGCUGGUCCGCCACGCGGCGCGUCAGCAGACUCCUGCUCUACGCUCCUCGGCCGCCGUGGCUCAGUGCAGCAACAGCAGAACCUACGCCGAUGCCUCGACCUCGCAAGCGCACUACUCAUCCCCCUUCUCCCGCGGUACCAGUGGCAAGCAGGACACCACCGCCAUCCCCAGCUUCAAGAAAUACCGCUCGGGCAGCGAGACAAGCAACAAGCUGUUCCAGUACUUCAUGGUUGGCGCCAUGGGAGGUGUCUCCGCACUUGGUGCGAAGAACACCGUGCAAGACUUCCUGGUAAACAUGUCUGCCUCGGCCGACGUGCUCGCGCAGGCCAAGGUUGAAGUCGACCUCGCCUCCAUUCCCGAGGGCAAGAAUGUCAUUAUCAAGUGGCGUGGCAAGYCCGUUUUCAUCCGUCACCGCACAGGCGAUGAGAUUAAGGAGGCCGAGGACUACGACUGGAAGCAGCUGCGUGACCCACAGCCCGACUCUGACCGCGUCAAGAAGCCAGAGUGGCUCAUCAUGUUGGGUGUGUGCACGCACUUGGGAUGUGUGCCCAUUGGAGAGGCCGGCGAUUUUGGAGGCUGGUUCUGCCCGUGUCACGGAAGCCAUUAUGAUAUCUCUGGCCGUAUUCGGAAGGGCCCUGCGCCAUUGAACUUGGAGGUGCCUGCAUAUGACUUUCCAGAGGACGGUGCUCUAGUUAUUGGUUAG